GUGGCAGAGUUGUUAUCAAGACGAGAACAAACACCAAAACAAUGACGGCAUACAUUGACUUCGACUCGCAGGAGUUUGAAAUGAGGGAUUUCUUCCUCACUACCCUGGAACAAACAUGCAGGGUUCAACUGAAUGACAGCGAGGCGAAGAUCUCCCGCAGCACAUCCGAGGGGAGAAUCCUCCUGGAGGUCCAACAGGACGAACUGGGCAAUUUCUUUGAUUGCCUUCCUGAACAGCAGGACAACAACUGGGGCCAAGAGAAGGCCCUGUUGCAGAGGGAGAUAUCUGGCCUGAAAGCCCAGCUCGCUAAGGCUCAGGCUAAAUGUGGACACUCUCCAUCCAGGGAUAAAUCCCUGAAAUCAGAGAUGGAGAAGAUGAAGGGGGAGAACGAGGCACUUCGAAAGGAAUUGGAGGACAUGAAGUCUGAAAGGAAGAUGCUCGCUGUGGCUAAAACCAACAUGGAGUGGGAGAUGGAGGGCUUGCUCGAGAUUGAAAAGGCUCAAACUAAAGAACUACAGGGAGAGCUGAGCAAGACAAAGAUGGACCUCCAAAAGACAAAGGAUGAGGCGAAGACCCAUCAAGCCCAGCAAAACGAGCAGAGAGCAGAGACAGAGAAGCUCAAGAAACACUACUUUCAGACGGAGAAUGCCGCCAUCCAGGAGGCGACAGAGAAAUACGUAACCAACUGUCUGUCUGAACUGGAAGAACUCCGAGUCAAUAGGAGUGAGAUGAUGGCUGCUCUAAAGGAAGCUGAGGAGGAGCUGAAGUCUGGAUAUCACAUGUGGCAAGAGAAAAAGUCUUCCCACUUGGCAGAGCUGGAAACAUCCCAGCGCUCCCAUCUUGCCCAGCUGGAGAUGCAGGAUGAGGAGCACAAGUCCAUCGUGGCUGAUCUAACGUCAAAGUUUGAAGAUCAGCUAGCGAGUGAGCGUCUCCUCUGGCAGCAGGAAAAAACCUCUCUGCUGGAGGAGACUGAGAAAACCAGCUCCUCCUUUGCUGCUCAGCUGCACGAGCAAAAACAGAGCAACGACACCCUCGUGGCUGCUCUGGAGACGGCUGAGCAGCAGAUAGAGAGCCAUCGCAUCGAGUGCCAGGAGUCAUCCCUCCUUCAGGCCAAGUCCACCGAAAGCGUCCAGCAGACUCUGCAGCAGAAAGAACAGGAGUGGACGACCACUGAGAGCUCCCUGAGGUCCCAGCUGGCAGAUUUUGAGAACCAGAUCGCCAAAAGAAAGAGGACCAAGUGGUACCGGAAGCUCAUCUGAUGCCACGUUAUGCCACGCUCAGGAGAAAGAAAAUGCACAUACACAUUUGUUCUUGUAUACUUGUGAGGAUCAAUCCUGUAUGGGAAAGUGAAUUGAGUUCACUUUUCUGGUGUCAAACUGGUCCUCACAGAGAUAUGAUUACUAAUCCACACACAUACACAGGCAUUUGUUCUUGUGUACUUGUGAGGAUUACUCCGUCUUGACCCUUAAACAGCACUUGUGAAAAGGGUUGUUUGAGGGUUGACACUUUAUUUUACUCAUGGAAAGUGAAGUGAAUUCACUUUUCUGGAAAUAAAAAAAAAAAAAAGUUAAUUCUA